AUGCUGUGGCCGCGGCUGGCGGCGGCCGAGUGGGCGGCGCUGGCCUGGGAGCUGCUGGGCGCCUCGGUGCUGCUCAUCGCCGUGCGCUGGCUGGUGCGGCGGCUGGAGAAGCGGCCGCGGGGCCUGGGCCGGGGCGCGGCCCCCGCGCCGCCUUCCCGCGCCGCCGGCGCCCCCGACCCAGGUGAAAUGACAAUGGACGCCGUCCUGGCUCGGUUGAAACUUCUGAAUCCAGAUGACCUCAGAGAAGAAAUUGUCAAGGCCGGACUGAAAUGUGGACCCAUUACAUCAACCACACGGUUCAUUUUUGAGAAAAAAUUGGCUCAGGCUUUACUAGAGCAAGGAGGAAGGCUGCCUUCCUCUCCUCCCGGCCACGAGGAGGCAGGUGGUGCAGCUCUAAGCCAAGACACGCAAAGGAUUCUGAAGUCUGCGGUAGGGAAUCCCGCCGAGCAGCCCAGUUUUCCUGAGGACAGAGAUUUUGGUUACAGCGUAGGCCUGAAUCCUCCGGAGGAAGAAGCUGUGCUGCUGCCGGCCUGCCUGAUGCCCCUGAGUGCCGCCACCCCGGCAGACACCCACACCCACGCUGCCGGAGAGACUGGCCCCAAGGAGCCGCCUCUGUACUACGGGGUGUGCCCGGCCUACGAGGACGCCCCAGCGAGAAAUGAAAGGGUCCACGUUUAUGAAAAUAAGAAGGAAGCAUUGCAAGCUGUCAAAAUGAUCAAAGGGUCUCGAUUUAAAGCUUUUUCAACCAGAGAAGAUGCUGAGAAGUUUGCUAGGGGAGUUUGUGAUUAUUUCCCUUCUCCAAGCAAAACCUCGCUACCACUUUCUCCUGUGAAAACAGCACCUCUCUUCAGCAAUGAUGGUUUGUGCUUGUCUGAAUCAGAAACAGUAAACAAAGAGCGAGCGAACAGUUAUAAAAACCCCCGUACGCAGGACCUCACUGCCAAGCUUCGGAAAGCCGUGGAGAAGGGAGAAGAGGACACCUUUUGCGAUCUUGUCUGGAGUAACCCCCGGUAUCUGAUCGGUUCAGGAGACAACCCCACCAUUGUGCAGGAAGGAUGUAGGUACAAUGUCAUGCACGUGGCUGCCAAAGAGAACCAGGCGUCCAUCUGCCAGCUGACGGUGGCAACCCUGGAGAACCCCGACUUCAUGCGGCUGAUGUACCCGGACGACGACGCGGCCAUGCUGCAGCAGCGCAUGUGCUACCUGGUGGACCUCUACCUCAACACGCCCGACAAGAUGGGCUACGACACGCCACUGCACUUCGCUUGUAAGUUCGGGAAUGCGGAUGUGGUCAGCGUGCUUUCUUCACACCAUUUGACUGUAAAAAACCCAAGGAAUAAAUACGAUAAAACACCUGAAGAUGUAAUUUGUGAAAGAAGCAAAAAUAAAUCUGUGGAACUGAAGGAGCGGAUCAGAGAAUAUUUAAAGGGUCACUACUACGUGCCGCUUCUGCGAGCAGAAGACACCUCUUCUCCAGUCAUCGGGGAGCUGUGGUCCUCGGACCAGGCGGCCCCGUCCUCUCCUGGUGGCCGCUGUGGGGGCAGCCCCAGAGACCCUGUGCUGACCCUGAGAGCCUUCGCAGGGCCCCUGAGUCCGUCCAAGGCAGAAGAUUUUCGCAAACUCUGGAAAACUCCACCUCGAGAGAAAGCAAGCUUCUUUCACAAUGUCAGGAAAUCUGACCCGGAGAGAGGCUUUGAGAGAGUGGGAAGGGAGCUAGCUCAUGAGCUGGGGUAUCCCUGGGUUGAAUACUGGGAAUUUCUGGGCUGUUUUGUUGAUCUGUCUUCCCAGGAGGGCCUGCAAAGACUAGAAGAAUAUCUCGCUCAGCAGGAAAUGGGCAAAAAGGCUCACGGAGAAUUCGGAGGAAAGAAAGGCUGCUGCAGAGACGGAGCCCCCACCUCUGGCGGUGGGAAGGCCUGCAGCAACUCCAUCUCUGUGGGGGCCUUUCUAGACGAAGAUGACAGAAGCUUGGAAGAAAUUAAAAAUCAGCAAAACAUAGCUCGAAAUGCUGGCCAGCCCACGACCGGUGCUCCUGGACACGCAGGUUGCAGCCCCCUGCCCUCGGAGCCGAAGGCAGACUUGAUAGAAGCCUCGGACCCAGACAGUCCCCGUGGCAGCAGAAAUGGCUUUUGCAGUCCUCUGAGUCAGGAGACGCUGGGCGGGAAGAGGCCCAAGUCCCCCAGCGAGGAGGAAGCAUAUCUGUUACCUGUCUCUGGUUUGAGUGCUGAGUUUGAUAAACUAAAUUUGCAAAAUCUAGGAAGUCGCUUUUCCAAGGUACCAAAUAAAAAUGUUAUGAAAACUAAAGAUAAGAAGACCCUGACUUCAAGAAUGGACGCAGGAGAAAGUGACUUGUUAGCACCUCCUGCUGCCGACCGACUCGGAAAUAACCAAAGACAGACAAACAGUGAAAUGUCAGCUGGAAUGGCUAAAAUGUCCCUGGGUCCCAGCAGCGGGGGUGGCCCUCAGCCUCCGGCAUCCGCCCCCACCAAGAGGGAGACCGCCCAGAGGCUCUUCCUCUUUGGAGAGGAGCCGUCAAAACUAGAUCGAGACGUGUUGGCGGCUCUUGAAUGUGCAGACAUCGACCCUCACCAGUACCCGGCCGUCCACAGGUGGAGGAGCGCGGUGCUGUGCUACUCGCCCUCGGACAGGCAGAGUUGGCCGAGCCCCGCGCUGAAGGGAAAGUUCAAGCCUCAGCCGCCGGAUCUCGGGUGCCCUUCCAGCCGCAGUCCGGGGAGAAGCGGCCCUGCCGGACGCAGCCCUGGAAGGCCCGGCCACGCCGCCUGCCGCCCCGGCCUGGGCAGCCCCGGGCGCCUCAGCCCGGCACACGGCAGCCACCUCCGCAGGGCCCCGCGCCUGGCCGAGCUGGCCGCGCCGUAGGUCGGUGCUCGCUGCCGGGCUCUCGCUUUGCUCUCCAUUUUCAAAGAAAGGGUAAUAUGUUUCUUGCUAAAAUGUCACAAAAGAUUAUAUUCCGAUUAAUUUAUUCAUCUUCACUUUGAAAGUGUAAGAAUUUUAGAAAAUGCAAGUGUUCUAAAUAAAAUUUAGAUUUCUGGUAUGUUGGAAGAAGUUAAUGAAAGCGAACUCAGAUACAAACUUUCUGUAAAAUGUCGAUGUGGUUAGUAGUGGUACCGACCUUCUAGGCAGCAGUUCCUGGGUCUGGGGUGUGACAGGAGAGGGUGCCAAGGGCGUUUACUGACAGGUGGUCGUGUGCUCACCGGACCCCCUGAGCAAAUGCCCGACUCGGGAGGGAGCGGCUGAGCCGUUGGCACUGACGUCCUGCAAAGGGCAGCCGUGUGUCAUCUUGCCUUUUCCCAGGGGCACCGCCUAGACUGCCUGGUACACGGCGAUGCCGUUCCUCUAGGUUUGCCGGAGGCAGGAGGUAGACGGCAGGGAGGCAGCGAACCUGGGGUGUGUCUCAGACUUGCAGCGAUAUUUAUAAUCUGAGUCAUUAGAAACAUUUAAAUUAUUGACCAGAAGAUAAAAGUAGCUUUCCUCUUGGGAAAAGUCUAGCCAUUGGGAGUUACGCAAAGAGUCCCACAAAACUCACCAGCAAUGAUGAAAAGGUGUUUUCGUUUUGCACCAGCACUUGAGCUUUCAGUCUACGUUACUUAGUUGCCAAUGUAGUGAUGAUAAAAUAAUCUGUCAGUUGUUUCCUAUUUUUGAAAUUUAGUCUUAGGGUUUGCUGAACAUAAAUGAUUCUAUGGCCGACUGUGGCAGAUGUGGCCUUUAUUGUAGAAUUCAUUCCAGUUGGGAUUUCCUUUAUCAAAGAGCAUUGCUUUAGAGUCCAGAACCCAGAAAUCUGAGUCCCGUUUCAGUUCCUUGUGAUGCCUGUUGUCACCUUUACCCUGGGCCCUGCCUGCGGGGGGGGGGGGGGGGGGGGGGGGGCCUGCGGUGUGAGGACCAGGGAACAGAACACAGCCCUGUGUGCUGCGGGUCUCCCAGCAAGAAUUAACCUUGCUGAAGGCCGAUUUCUUCCUGGGUGUUACAAACAGCUGCUCAUACACAAGCAGUAUUUUGUGAACAUUUCCAGUGUUUAAUCCAAAAGGAAAAACUACCAAUGUUUUUGCUAACUUCAGUGCCUUUUGUAAAUCAUUCUUAAUUUUCCUGAACUUGCUUUUUGAGAACAUACAGUGAUACUAUGUAGGUGUAAGAUUGUUUUUUGUUUGUAAAAUUUCUGUACUUAAACUUGUGUAAAAAAAAACUUAUGUCAGCCGAGCACAGUGGUUGC